AUGAAGAAAGUAACAACCUCCUCCAUCCCCCAGCGGAAUCUACAGCUUCUGCGAAUUGAUCUCAAUCAUCUAGACAUUGCUUCUGGGAUAACUUCGCCUUCGGUUACGCAUUAUUUCAUGCCACGAAGAGGCAACUACGGCAAAGGGACUUACCGUGCAGACUAUCUACUUCGACGUGUUUUCAUGGACUAUCAGGACUGCAGCAUUCCGGAAUUGUGGCCAUACGAGCUGGAUGGAGGCGAAGAAGAAGAUAAUUAUGAUGAUCCUACUGUUCAUGAGUCGGGGCACCUUGAUAGCACUGGAGGCGACAAGGUGAGCGAUGGAAAGGACGAAUCGGAUCAUAGGAAGGAAAGCGAUAUCGAGGAAAUACACAGUGACAAGGCAAAAGAAGGGGAAAGUAUGAACUACAAAAAAUAUGAUGAGAGUGAGCAAGAUGGCGACAAGAGUGAAGAGAGCGGUGACGAGAAUCGCAAACCAAGUGAUGAAAGUCACGAUAAAAGCGAGAAGGAGGCAGAUAAUGAUCAUGAGAUGGUGAUUGCGAAUACUUUCGACCUGGAUAUCCUCAAUUACGAGACAGAUGACUGGUCAGUCUACUGGUUCCAAAGACUAUACGGCCUCGAUCUCCCAGACAAAAUACACGGAAUCAAUAUCACAAGAUCAAUGGAGAUAGAUCACCCAUACAAGUCGCAUGCAUGGGCUCUGGUGGAUGUAACCUCGUGCGGUUACGAUCGCCCCUCGGCUGCUGAGCUCAUAGCCUUAAUUAGCUGGGGUUUGAGAGGCAUGUUCCGUGAAUUGGAAUCGCUCGUCAACGCACUUGAGUCAAAGGGUGUUCAUAGAUUCAGUGAAGUUUUCCCGACCAUGAUCAUAGUGUUUGACCAAAGAUGCUGCGCCCGUGUACUAUACGCCUACUUUGAUGGUAGAUUUCAGGUUCAAUUUACCCCGGUCUUGAAUUUUAAAGAAUUCACCGAGGUCAAAUCAUUCACCUUGGAUUCUUACAUGGGUCAGAUUGACAAGAAGAAGUACUACGAUAUGAUGCACUCACUGCUUCGUUGGGCGUGGCCUCUUGACCAUUAUCGCACCAGUAUCGCUCAGCUCUAA